ACAAAAUGCAUCCAAUCAGUAAUCAACAUGGCUUGUGUCUAAUGGAAGCCAGAGUAAAGAUCGUAAUAUUGUAAUUAAGGCGUGUUAACAAUAAUUUGGUCUGAUUACAGAAUCGUUUUGAAAAUUUAUUUUAGUUAAAUUUCAUAUUAAUUCAUAUCGCGUGUGUUGACUUCAUUUUUAUUCAAUAACGCUAGGAGCAGGUGAGGUGACAUGCUUGUCAAUAAUCAAAAGAAAUGAUGAAUGAAUAAGUAGUGCCGGGAUAUUGAUAUUCCUCAACAAUGAACGGAUGUGGUUUUUUUUUCGGUUUAGUGCAAUAAUGCUUCCUUCAAUAUGAAGGAGAUUAUGAAGGAGAUGGUUGGCGGUUGCUGUGUGUGCUCAGACGAGCGCGGUUGGCCAGACAACCCGCUGGUCUAUUGUGAUGGCAAUGGCUGUACUGUGGCAGUGCAUCAAGCUUGCUAUGGAAUAAUUGCUGUACCGACUGGACCUUGGUACUGCAGAAAAUGUGAAAGCCCAGAGACGAAGGGCAAAGUUAGAUGUGAAUUGUGUCCAUCUAAAUCUGGGGCACUGAAGCGAACAGACACAGGGGGUUGGGCUCACGUAGUCUGCGCCCUAUAUAUACCGGAAGUGAGGUUUGGAAACGUUACCUCCAUGGAGCCCAUUGUACUACGGCUGAUUCCACCUGAACGUUACAACAAGACAUGCUACAUCUGUCAAGAUAUGGGUAAAACUCACCGCUCCAACGCCGGUGCCUGCAUGCAAUGCAACAAAUCUGGAUGUAAACAACAGUUCCACGUGACCUGCGCCCAAAGCCUCGGUCUGCUCUGCGAGGAAGCCGGCAAUUAUCUCGACAAUGUCAAAUACUGCGGCUACUGCCAGCAUCAUUACAGCAAAUUGAAAAAGGGCGGUAACGUGAAGACGAUCCCGCCCUACAAGCCGGUGUCGCACGACAGCCAGUCGAGCGACUCGAGCGAGAAGGAGGGCGAGGCUUCGCCGAUGGCCACCGGCAGCGCGACACCCACGCACACCGCCAAAGCUAAAGGGCCCGGUCGCAAAUCAUCGCAUUCAAGCGGGGGCGCUUCUGGGAAGAAUACGCCGAAUACGGUGAAGACGCCCACAAACACGCCACUACCGAUGGAUAUUUAUCAAGACAUCAUAGAGCUGGCUACCUAUCGGAAGCACAGACACGACAAACAUAAGAAGAAGCAGUCACCAUCUCGACGUGGAUCAUCUACAGGAGACGGCGGGGGCGGUAGCAAGAACAGCACGCCCGCUCCCUCUCCGCAGCACUCGACCGACUCGCAGUCGCACACACAGAUCAAAGGCUCCGGCGGAUCGACACCGAGCAGCAACACCGCUAAGAUUCCGCUUCCGUCGUUGUCUCCCGGCGCGAAACAGCCGGAGACGGGAGGCGUCAUUAGUUCAAUCGCGUCAAUAAACGCCUCCGUCGCGUCCAUACCGAUGCCACCGACCCCAGUCACAGCCACUGUUGUCCAUGCGCCUAUAUCGAAACCGUCGAUGUACCAGGAGUCUGUGAUCACCAACACAGACGCUAUGGAUACCAAGCAGACAAAGAAGAGGAAGGCAGUGACCGCCACCAAUAUGUCGAUGGCAGCCGUCGAUUAUGCGUCUACCACACCACCGACUGUGCUGACCGACAACGCCCCUCAAAACGCGAACAACUCCUGGGAAAUGUCAAACCACGGAUCGAAUGAUGCUAAUAUGGAUGGCGUUGAGAAAAUUAUUAAAAAGGCUAAGACGGAUGGAAAUGAGCCUGCUAUGGCUCACUUCUCCAGCGUGAGCCCUGCUCCGCCGCCGCCGCCUCCCCCUCCCGCGCAUAGUCCCAGGCACCUCCCGAGCCCCAUGCCCGGCCCGAGCGGCUUGAACCAGAUCACCAACAUCAGGUCGCCGUCCCAGCCGCAGGGGUGCGGUAAGGAGCGCGAGGGGCCCGCUUCGCUGCUGGUGUCCGUGCCGCUGCCGUCCGCCAGCCACGGGCUCAACCUCACCGCGCACGCGCACGCGCUCUCGCACGCGCACGCGCAGAUGCACCAGCCCCAGGAUAUGGCCGUUGCUUCGUCGCAUAUAUUUCAUCAGCUUCACAAACAGGCUGCCAUGGAACCCACCGUGUCUGGACAUUCCCCGCACGGAGUCUCCGGUCGCGGAGCCUGGGGAGGCUUGAACGUAUCGUACGAGAUGCAGGACCCGAGCAAACCUGGCGUAAGCGGCAUGGCCGGGUCGAGUAAAGAUGCCAGCGUUGGCGUUAACUUGGGACAAAUGCCGCCAGCGGGCAUCAGGAACAAGAAGCGCGCGGCUAUGGCCACCUCCGUGGUCUCCAUGGCCAACUCGGUGCCAACUAUGCAAACAGCCACAGCUCAAAAUCUCGCAAGUGUACGACGUCCUCCGCAACCGACGCCGCCUCCGAUAUAUCAAGAAUUAAUCAAAGACUCGCCGCCCAGCUCGCCCAGUUCGGAGCGUCCGCUGAAACCCAAGCUUGAAAACAAAGUCGGCGCCAGCUGCACAGCUCCCCACAUGCUGGGCAACGAGCUGAACCCGGAGAGUGGCGCUGCACAGCGCCUGCAGGAACAACUAAGCGCAGAGCUAGCCGCACAUGCAGUGGGUUCCAACGCGUCCGGCGGACCUGACGUGCUCGUACCGCCGCCGCUCAUCAACAAGGCUACACCAAGCACAAGUACAAGUGGAAUACGCGGGACGUCCAGUGCACAGAGCCUCGACCAGUUGCUGGAGCGGCAAUGGGAGCAAGGCUCGCAAUUCCUUAUGGAACAGGCGCAGCACUUUGAUAUAGCGUCCCUACUCUCGUGCCUGCACCAAUUGCGCACGGAAAACGUGCGUCUCGAGGAGCACGUCGGCAACUUGCUCCAGCGACGGGACCACUUGCUUGCGGUAAAUGCCCGACUUGCGAUACCGCUAACCGCCGUGGUGGCAGGUCCCGGUGAGAGUUCGCGUUGUCAGCGUGAAAACGGCGCCCCACGCGCCCCACCUGGCACCGUGCGUCCCAACGAGACCAUCACGUCUGACCGACCCCAUCAGCUGAUGAUGCGCGAGGUGCAGCAGAAGCCCAGCUGAAAUGAGAGGGACGGCGGGCGCGCCGAGGCGGAGGAAACCGUACAAACGUUCAUCAUGCUCGAACAACGCCGUCGACGUGAUUUCUCCAUCGACGCCAUACUCAACUACGAUCAUUAAACAGUAAACACGCUCGAUCAUCACUGAAGACGUGGGACCUGCCACUCGCGACCUCCGGCCGACAUCAGUACUCCUUUAUUUACAAUAUUUCCGUCGUGGAACCGACUGGACAGUGGAUUGUGUCGGAUCCUGAUGAUCAAUUACUUGUUAUUUAUAAGACGAAACCCAUAAUCAGUUUAUAUUAAGUUGUACUACUUGCGUAUAUUGUUUUUAUAUCUAUUUUAUAUCUGUAAUGACUCGUCCGCACAUAUACAGCUCACAACUGCCCCGUCGACUUCAGCUUAGACUUAGGUAAUCACCGUCAUCCGUUAUCUCGAUCAGAUGAAGUGAGAAGCGAACGCGUCGACAUCGAGAAUAUAUCGAUACGCACAGCGUCGAUCACGAGUGGUUUCUCAACGAAUCGAUGAAAGUCGUUGUUUGAUAACGACCAUUGGAAUGUCAUAGAUUAUCUUAAUAUCAUACCCAUCCUGUAAAUAUAUAGUUUUAACUGAUUGUAAAUAUUGUCUCACGUAGGAUUUAGAAUUACCGCUGAGUCUAUGGGGCAGGUAUAAAUUAUAAACGACGGUGAUCAAUUCAAGGUCAACCGUCAACGUGCGCAGGUACCAGGUCUUCCUGUUUGUCUAGGUAAUUCAUAACGAGACUAGAUUAAGAUGGAGGCUCAUAUGUCCAGUAUAUUUGAUUAAAUAAUACCUAGCGUGCUAUGUGUAAAUGAUUUAGAUUUUCAAAUUAGAUAUGAGCGUGAGAUUGCUCUGUAACGGCACGUGAUUGGACGUUAAAUCGUUUAAGCAAGUUUCGGCACAACGAAAUGUGUACUGUGUUACUAACUAAGCUGCUUGCAGCUGUUAAACUGUAUGAUAUUUUAGGUGACAGCCUAACUGUUCGGAAAUCAUGAAUCGAUUUAUUUAAAUAAAAUUUUUUAUACAUGUAAUUGUGUAAUUAACUUUAAAGUAAUUGAAAAAUAUUUUUGAAUUGAAAUUAAUGAAUAUUAAACAAAAAGAAACUCGAUCGAAUUAUAUAUCGGCCUCCAUCCAUCGACGUGAUAUGUUCACAAAGUCUAGUUUAUAUAUUGUAGUUAUAUAGUAAAUAAGCACUUAGGUGUUAGUAAAUAGACCCUCGGGUCGAAGUUGUAGACUACAGUUUAGGGGUGAAUUACAAUUUAGAAAGUUGAUUUGAUUAAAAACGUUCAUUUAUUUUUUAGAUCAGCGAAGGUUAUUUUUUCGGUAGUAGUUAAUUGUAAUUCUUUUAAUUUACCCGGUAAACAUUUUCAAAUAGUAAUAUCCAAAGAAAUCUUAUAUCUAAAAGUUAUUGUAAUGAUAGCGUUUACAUAAAUAUAUUAUUAGAAUAUAAGACACGAAAUACGAAACGAUUUGAUCAGCACGGACUUUACAGAAACACAAAUUAUGACUAGAGACAUUUGUAUGUAUCACGAAGCAAACACUCGACACCUGACUGAACAAUUAUAUCUCGGAUUUUACUAGUCGUGGCGUUCCGCUGGAACCCUGACUACAAGCAGAAAUGCUGCUGGAAACGGCACUGGAACGAGCCAACUUACGUCGUGGAACUAGAGAGCAGAUAUCCGUUAUCCGCGUAGACAGAGGGGCAUUGUCGAAUCGAUUACAACAUCGGUUCGGAUCGUAUUUUUCUCAAAAUAUCAUUUAACCUCGAAGGUUACUUGUCUUUUUUUGGGAUUCGUUGUGAUCAGUUACAUAGUGUCACUGGAUCGUUAGUUUCGACGGGCAAAUAAUGUGAAACGAUACGGUAAUAGGCGAGAUCGACUGGAUCGGUACGAAACGGCAACAUCCGGUGUGAAUCGGAAUUGGUUUAACUUAAGGUUGAAAACCAACUGUUAGUGAUGUUCAUUUGUUAAUAUGUGUCCUUUUAAAUCUGAAUGUUUCGAUGUCACCAGGAUUCCUUAUGUAGGCACAGAUUACAAUUGAAAUCGCAAAGGCGUUAGUCAAGGCGGUCGCAGUUGUAACCUUGGUACCUUCUCGAUGUUAUUGUAAACCAUUAUCGGAGCUUGUUUACAUUUGUGCGUAUUUUAUACUCGUCCUUGAGAUAAUUUAAAUGAAUAUCUUUACGUGCAUGGUCUUCGUUCGACGAUAGCUUAAACUCAUAAAACCCCAGAGGUCUUUGAUCCUUCUUACCGCACCCUUAAGGGGAAACAACUCGGUAAAUAUCGUUCGAAAAUUGUGACACUAAUGUCUUUUAUCUUAGUUUCGUAAUCUCCAAGCGCAUCUUGGAGUUCUUUGUAACUUUCUCCAGGAUUCCACGCCUAGACAAUCACGGUGCGAACAUAUAUUAUUGAUGUAUUUGAUCAUUGACGGUUUAUCUGUGAUCUCAAUACGGGAUUACAUUUUAAAUACAACGGUGACAAAAUGGCGUCCGAUCACCACAUACGUAUACAAAUACGCAUAAAUACAAACCCACCCGUGUUAUAUGAACGUUGUCAUUGAUGUCUAAGUGUUGUCUAUGUUCCAAGCAGUAUCGAUGUUACGUGUUCAUUUUUAAAUGUUUUUUCAUCUCAUUGAUCGAUGUUUUAGUCUUGUAAUACGAUUAGCGAAUCUAUAACAUGUCCCCUUCGUCGUUUCCUUCCGAAAUUAAUUGAUGUCUCCUUUUAAAAUAAUCUAAUCUAUAAUUAGAUCUUGUUAUUUGAAAUCGUUUUAUUAUCCCCCUCAAUGUUUGUUUUUAAAGGAAUCGAUUUUAUUUCAUCGAUAUGAUGGUAGAUGUGAACUUUUUCAACGUAACGGCUAAGUGUUUUUUUUUUUUUUAUAGUUGUGUUAUAUAUUGUUUUUAAAUGUUACGUGUUUCGACGUUGUUGAACUUACCAAAUCGGUAUGUAUACUUUCAACUCAUCUCUUUUAUUGUAUUCCGACGCAUCGCGGCUUAUGGACGUGUUAUAUUUCUAGAUAAUUUAUGGGUUAUCUAUAAGCAAAGCGGUAACCGUUAAUGUUUCGAGGCGGAUCGUGAAACAGAUUAUAUAAAUAAUCACUAUGAGAAAUAAAAUGUCGCUAUACUUGGACAUUCUAGGCCGGACCAAUUAAAAACACGAAAUACGCUUCUAAUUACUAUUAUAAUAAGAUAAAUCCGGAAAUAGUCUUUGAAAUCUUUUCUAAAUAAAUAUUUAGAUUCGUAAUAGUAGGAUCCUCUCCUACGACAGGGCCGUCUGCUCAAAGAUAUAGUUAUUUAAAGAAAUAAACUUAACAGAUAUGAUAGUAUGUUUAACGGUUGCCGCUUCAACUAUUCACUAGGUCGUAGUCCUGAAUGGUCUGUGUUUAGAUCGGUACGUAAAUAAAUUAAUUGUUAGUUAUAAGAUUACAGUAUUCAUGAUCUCAGUCGAUUAUUAAAAACUGACGCGCAUUACAUAACUGUUAACUAUUCUUAAAGCAACAUCACUGAAGUAUUCUUUGAGUUGUAUUUUACUCGAGUGCAACGUAUGCACCUUAAAAGCACUACGACUUGGUUUUAUAUGAAACAACGUGUCAUCGAAAAAUAUAAUUAAAUAUCAGUUAUGUACGGCGCGCUCAGUGUAUUUCAUUAAUUACAAUUACUCAUUUAUCACAGAACAAAUCAUAAUGGAAGUGGUACUUGUUCAAAUGGAAACACCGCCUCUUCAAUGAAUCGACAUCGUACUUAACGAUAUAAAAUUUGAUGAAGAAAUCGUUAUAUCAUUGAUCUGGUUUCGUGUCAUUUGCAAGCGGCUUCCAUUUUACGUGUUCUGUGACAUCAUUUGUAACCCUCUCUGUGACUCGUAGUUUAAGAUGUUCCGUGACUUUUAAUUAUCGAUGUUAACUUAUUUUUAUCACUGUUAUGAUAAUCAAUGUAGUCUGCAGGAAAGUUAGACUCAUCUAACGAACGACAACUGGAAUAAAUUCAGAUAUUCGAUACCUGCGUUCACUUACAAGACGAAUAUAAUAAUCUUUUGAUAGUGACAUUCAAAUAUUCUUAUAAUAAUAAUUAUUAUGAACGCAUAUUUGUUAAACUAUUAAUUUUUGUUAAUCGUAUCUGCUUCGUUAUCGUGUUAUCUUCGACUUGUAUCAGGAUAACUCCUGUCCCCAAAAUAAUAGAGCUGGACGAACACAUUUGAUACAUAUUCAGUACUUCGUAUUCUUUUUAUGCGUUAAGUGAAGUUCACGAACAUAUGAUUAUGACAUUUCACGACUUGUUUAUUAUUUCGUUUUGUAAGUGAAUGUCUCACUGAUUAUUGAAUGCACUCAUAAUGACUGACGCGUAUAUAUAACGCAUCAUUUACAAAGCGAAUCAACUAUAAAAAAUUUCAAAUAUUCCUUCGUCUUCGACAUGAGCUCUAUGAGCGACUAUUAUACACAAUUUAAUUUGUUUCAAGAGCCGAGAUGGCCCAGUGGUUAGAACGCGUGCAUCUUAACCGAUGAUUUCGGGUUCAAACCCAGGCAGGCACCACUGAAUUUACAUGUGCUUAAUUUGUUUUUAAUUCAUCUCGUGCUCGGCGGUGAAGGAAAACAUCGUGAGGAAACCUGCAUGUGUCUAAUUUCAACGAAAUUCUGCCACGUGUAUUCCACCAACCCGCAUUGGAGCAGCGUGGUGGAAUAUGCUCCAUACCUUCUCAACGGGAGAGGAGGCCUUAGCCCAGCAGUGGGAAAUUUACAGGCUGAUUAUGUUUAUUAUUAUGUAAUUUGUUUUACUUUUAAUCUUUCAUGGCCUUUACAAGUGAUGUGAACACGAUUGUCAAUGUGAGUCGUUUAAUAAUAAUAAGUGCAAGGUAUCGUCAUAUUCGAUUUGCGACAGACUAAGUUCUACUGAUAAAAUUCGAGCUGUUUAAACUUGUAACUUCUCGGGGUCGGAUUUCAACAAUUGUUCCUAUCGUAAAUUUUUCAUAAAAUGUAAUCUUUGAUUUGUUAAAUGUACUAUCCUAAUACUUUAUACGUUUAAUAUUUUAAUUUGUAUAGAGUAAGUGUAAAAUCCGACCCUGUCACACACGCCGCUGCACAAUUCAAACUACAAUAUAAUCAGCCGAUGUCCAGUAAAUGUAUAUCUCUUAUGUGUUUCAAUAAACUAAAGUGUAUUUUAUGUAUACGAGGGAUUAAUUUUCACUCGAUUCGAUGUUUUUUAAUAAUAAUUGUCUAAUAUUUCAACAACGAUUAAAUUGUAAUUAUAUACUAUUGAAUUGAAUGCAUUUAUGUAUCUUCGAGCAGUCAAUUACCAAACUAUGUAGUUCCAUUUUACUUUCAAUAAAGUUAAUAAGUGUCUUAAA